AUGUACUUGCAUCAAUUGGCUGCGCUGCUCGCACUCAUCGCUGCGCCGGCAUUGGGCCAGACCGUGACGCCUGUCCAUCUCAAGAUCAACACCGAAGACACAGCAGCCAGGAACAAGACCGCGCCGAACCUGUAUGGGCUGUUCUUUGAGGAUAUCAAUCACUCUGGUGAUGGUGGAAUCUACGCCGAGUUGAUCCGCAACAGGGCUUUCCAAGGCUCUGGGGUGAAGCUCCUCAACAGCGGGUCAACCCCGUAUCCAUAUGGUACACAGGAAGCAGAUAUCCCUUACGGCCCAAACCUAGACGCAUGGCGUGCAAUUGGAGAUGUCAGGCUCUCCAUUGAUCUGCUGAACCCCCUUUCAGACGCACUACCGGCUGUCCUGAGGGUAGAUGUGGGGAGCAGUGCCACCGGCGAAGUCGGGUUCAUGAAUGAAGGCUACUGGGGCAUGGACGUACGUCCGCAAAAGUACGCUGCCUCUUUCUACGUCAAGCCCUGGGAGCAGUACUACAGCGGUGCCCUCAGCGCCUUCAAGCUCUCGCUGCGCUCCAACCUCACAGACGAUGUAUGGACCACCACUGAGAUCCCUAUCACGGGCAAGCUGGAUACGUUCGACUACACCAAGCUGGAGGCCACGCUGGCGCCGGAGGUCGCAGCGCCGAGUAUCAAUAACUCGUUUGCGAUCACCAUGGAUGCGGCCGAGGUCAAGGGGCAGACGUUCUACUUCUCGCUGGUCUCGCUGUUCCCGCCGACGUUUAAGGAUCGGCCGAAUGGCAUCAGGAAGGAUCUGGCGGAGGCGCUGAAGGGGCUGGAUCCUAAGUUUUUGAGGUUCCCGGGGGGAAAUAACUUGGAGGGCUUCUCAAUCCAAACCCGCUGGAAGUGGAACGAGACAAUCGGCGACCUACGCUACCGUAAGGGCCGUGUCGGACAGUGGGAGUACUUCAACACCAAUGGUCUCGGCCUACUCGAGUACUUUGACUUCUGCGAAGACAUGGAGAUGCAGCCCCUCCUCACUGUCUACGCCGGCUACACUCUCGCACCCAAUGGGCGUAAUCCUGCCUCUACGGUGCCCCGCGAGCACAUCCAGCCCUUCAUCGACGAGGUGCUCGACGAGCUCGAGUACAUCCUCGGCGACGCCCGCACGCCCAUGGGUGCAUUGCGGGCAUCGCAUGGACGCGCUGAGCCUUAUAAGUUGGAGCUGGUCGAGAUUGGCAAUGAGGACCAGUUCUCGGGAGGGAGCUAUAAUUGGAGAUUCCCAAUGUACUAUGAGCAGCUUAAGGCAAAGUAUCCGGAUAUCACGUUCAUUGCUACGGCGGGCCCGGAUAUCACGCCGAAGAUGGAGAUCCCGGCGGGGGAGAUGUGGGAUCCACAUUAUUACCAGACGCCGCAGUUUUAUAAAAACAACUUCGGCCUCUACGAUAACUUUGGCGUCAGCUCGUACCAGAACGUAACGAUAUUCGUCGGCGAAUACUCUGUCCUCUCAGUCGACAGCUCCUCCGGCAGCGUACAAUGGUCCGGCCCCGGGCGAAUCGUCUACCCCACCCUCGAUGCCGCCAUCGGCGAAGCCAUUUUCGGCAUCGGCAUGGAGCGCAACCCCAACACCGUCAAACUCUCCUCCUACGCACCGCUGUUCCAGAACUACAACUCCUACCAAUGGACGCCCGACCUCAUCAGCUUCUCCGCCGACCCCAACCAAACCACCCUCUCCGCCAGCUACUACCAACAAAAGCUCUUCUCGCACCACCGCGGCACCGAAACCCUCCCCAUCACGCCCCUCUCCGGAACCUUCAACCCCCUCUGGUGGGCCGCGCAACAUGACGGCGGGCGAGACGUGAUAUACGUCAAGCUCGUCAACGCCGCCAACUCCGCCGUACCCCUAACGCUCGAGUUCGACCGUGCCAUCACAGGCGUCAACGGCACAAUCCUGACGCACGACGUGCGCAACGGCUUCAACUACAUCACCAACCAGACGGCCAUCUCGCCGCGGGCGCUAGAGCUCGAUGAGGUCGAGGCGGGCGCGAGCGAGUGGGCGUGGGAGGUGCCGAAGGCGAGUAUUGUCGUUUUGGAGUUUUCGUCGUAG